GGUUCCGGGUUCGACGCGGGGCGGGGAUGUGAAUCCCGAUGGAGCGGCCCGAGGAAGGCAAGCAGCCGCCGCCGCCGCAGCCCUGGGGACGGCUCCUGCGCCUGGGCGCGGAGGAGGGCGAGCCGCACGUCCUCCUGAGGAAGCGGGAGUGGACCAUCGGGCGGAGACGAGGUUGCGACCUUUCGUUCCCUGGCAAUAAACUGGUCUCUGGAGAUCACUGUAAAAUUGUAGUGGAUGAAAAAUCAGGCCAGGUGACACUGGAAGAUACCAGCACCAAUGGAACAGUGAUUAACAAGCUGAAAGUUGUUAAGAAGCAGACGUGCCCUUUACAGAGUGGGGAUAUCAUCUACUUGGUGUACAGGAAGAAUGAACCGGAACACAGAAUGUUCCUCCCGGCUACACCCCCUUUCUCGCUCACGUGGGUUCCUGUUGUGAAUAGUGUCUGUUGAGGAGUGGGAGCGUCCACUUUGCAGCCUGAGUCCAGCCAUUCCUCGGGAAUACCACCGUGGCCUUGAGCAGCCAGUCCCAACAUGGCAGCCACAGAGAAACUCACGGGGAUGGCUUAGGUUCUACAGGAGAAGAACUUGAGUUAUGGGGAUAAAACCUAGGACCAGGGGUCUGGAGGCCACUGAUGGUUCUGCUUUUGGAGACCUUACAAGAAACAUCAAAGACGUGGCAUACCUCUAUGAAUCUUUAAAUGAAAAGCAAGGCAUGACACAAGAAUCCUUUGAAGCUAACAAGGAAAAUGUGUUCCAUGGGACCAAAGAUGCCUCAGGUGUAGGUGCAGGGCCAGGGGCCGAUCCCCGGGUCCCUCCGUUGUCGCCCGCCGCUCAGGUGUGCUUUGAGGAACCACAGCCAUCGACGUCGACCUCAGACCUCUUCCCCACAGCCUUGGCCUCUUCCACGGAGCCUCCUCCUGCAGGGCGAGAGCAUUCCUCCAGUUGCGAGUCUGGGGGUGGUGGCAUCUCCCCUAAAGGAUGUGGUCCCUCUGUGGCAAGUGAUAAAGUCUCCAGCUUUGCCUCAGCUCUCCCAGACAGAAAGCCUGCAUCCUUUUCGUCAUUGGAACCCCAGGAUCAGGAGGAUUUGGAGCCCAUGAAGAAGAAAAUGAAAGGAGAUGGGGACCUUGACCUGAACCUGCAGUUGGUCGCACAACCGCGUAGAAACGCCCAAACCGUCCAGGAGGACGUCAGAGCAGCGACUGGGAAGCCAGACAAGAUGGAGGAGACGCUGACAUGCAUCAUCUGCCAGGACCUGCUACACGACUGCGUGAGUUUGCAGCCCUGCAUGCACACGUUCUGCGCGGCUUGCUACUCGGGCUGGAUGGAGCGCUCGUCCCUGUGCCCCACCUGCCGCUGUCCUGUGGAGCGUAUCUGUAAAAACCACAUCCUCAACAACCUCGUGGAAGCAUACCUCACCCAGCACCCAGACAAGAGUCGCAGUGAAGAAGAUGUGCAAAGUAUGGAUGCCAGGAAUAAAAUCACUCAAGACAUGCUGCAGCCCAAAGUCAGGCGGUCUUUUUCUGAUGAAGAAGGGAGUUCAGAGGACCUGCUGGAGCUGUCAGAUGUUGACAGUGAGUCCUCAGACAUUAGCCAGCCGUACGUUGUGUGCCGGCAGUGUCCUGAGUACAGAAGGCAGGUGGCGCAGCCUCCCCACUGCCCAGCACCCGAGGGUGAGCCAGGAGCCCCGCAGGCCCUGGGGGAUGUACCCUCCACGUCCGUCAGCCUCACGACAGCAGUCCAGGAUUACGUGUGCCCUCUGCAAGGAAGCCACGCCCUGUGCACCUGCUGCUUCCAGCCCAUGCCCGACCGGAGAGCGGAGCGCGAGCAGGACCCACGUGUCGCCCCUCAGCAGUGUGCCGUCUGCCUGCAGCCUUUCUGCCAUCUGUACUGGGGCUGUACCCGCACCGGCUGCUUCGGCUGCCUGGCCCCGUUCUGUGAGCUCAACCUGGGUGACAAGUGUCUGGACGGCGUGCUGAACAACAACAGCUACGAGUCAGACAUCCUGAAGAAUUACCUGGCAACCAGAGGUUUGACAUGGAAAAACAUGUUGACCGAGAGCCUGGUGGCUCUCCAGCGGGGAGUGUUCCUGCUGUCUGAUUACAGGGUCACGGGGAACACCGUGCUGUGUUACUGCUGUGGCCUGCGCAGCUUCCGUGAGCUCACCUACCAGUAUCGGCGGAACAUUCCUGCUUCCGAGUUGCCAGUGGCUGUAACAUCCCGUCCUGACUGCUACUGGGGCCGUAACUGCCGCACUCAGGUGAAAGCUCACCACGCCAUGAAAUUCAAUCAUAUCUGUGAACAGACAAGGUUUAAAAACUAAGCACCCAGCGGCCCCGAGCAGCCUCAGCACGGAAGGCGCAGAGAGCGCGCUUUUAAAUACAGAGACCACGGAAGGCGGAGAGAGCGUUUUUAAAUACAGAGACCAACACGCCAGGGCGUUUUCACGGCCCCCUGAGGGACGCAGGGUCUCCGGCAGGUGCUCUGGGGGCCUCUUCUGCGAGCUUCACCCUCUGAGUGAGACCCUCCCCCGAGCCCUGGGGGCCACAGCCCGCCCUCCUGCUCCCUGAGUGCUGGGUGGGGCUUGUGGUGGCGUGAGCAGCAGAGACGAAGCCUUUCCAUGGCACGCAGCUGCCCCGCCGAGGGGCAGUUUUGCUCUUUUGUAUGUUUUCCGUAACGACAGGUAAAGCAGAAAUCUGUUUUCAGGAAGAGUUUCAAGGGAGAAAGGGGAAAGUUUAUCAAAAACAUUGUUUCAGGAGAAGGGAGCGUAAGUUUACAGCCUACAGGAUGUACACAAUAUUCUGCUGUUGGGAAAACCACAGCAUUUUAUAUAUUUUUUAUUUUAAUAGGUUUGGUGCUUAUCUUCUAAUAAGAUUUAAAUAUCACAAACUGUAGCACAAAUGAUAUAAUUUAUAAUUUACAAAUUGACUAAAAUUGGGUAUAGUAUGGUAUUUGAAAGAAUAAGCAUAUGCUUCUGUUUAUUGAAAAAAAACUUCCAGUGUCCAAAACUG